AUGGGCUGCUGUAACAGAAGGUGCGGGCUGAUAGCCGGAGCUGUGUUCGGGGCGUUGGUGGCCAUCCUGGGAGGCAUCCUUAUCCCAGUGGGGAACACCAUCAUUGAGGACACGGUGCAGAAGGAAGCCGUCAUUGAGGAUGGGACCACGGCUUUUGACAACUGGGUGUCCGCGGGGGCAGCGGUGUACAGGCAGUUCUUUUUCUUCGAUGUGAAAAACCCAUUAGAAGUGGUGAAGUACGGGGCGGCUCCCGUGGUGAUUGAGAAAGGACCUUACACGUACAGGACGAGAUAUCUUCCCAAAGAAAACAUCAUGUUCUACCCGGACAACACCAUCUCCUACCAGCUGCCCCUGGGCGCCAUCUUCGAGCCAUCCUUGUCAGUGGGAUCAGAGGACGACAACGUCACCACCAUCAACCUGAUUAUGUACAAUGAUACCUAUGAUGGCAACUACACAAUCUUCAGCGGAAAGGAUGACAUCUCUAAAGUGGGAAUGAUUGACAAGUACCAGGGUGAGAGGAGUUUAAGCUUCUGGAACAACACGUACUGUGACAUGAUCAACGGGACAGACGCGUCCUCAUUCCCUCCCUUUCUGGACAAGUCGGAGCCUCUUUAUUUCUUCUCGUCGGACAUCUGCAGGUCUGUGUCAGGUCAUUACCAGGAGAGCCUGGAUCUGAAAGGGAUUGAAGUAUACCGCUACACCCUGCAGCCAGACACCCUGGCUGCCCCUUCGGUCAACCCAGACAACCAGUGUUUCUGCACGGAUCCAGAAAUCAUGAAGAACUGCACCUUGGCUGGAGUACUGGACGUCAGCGCCUGUCAACAAGGCAUGUCUAUCUACAUCUCUCUGCCCCACUUCCUUCACGGCAGUCCGAGUCUGAGGGAGAACGUGCUGGGUCUUAAUCCCAGCGAGGAGCGCCAUUCCACCUUCCUGGAUGUGGAACCUACAACUGGCUUCACCUUGAGGUUUGCCAAGAGGCUUCAAGUGAAUAUGAUGUAUGGACCGUCAAAAACCAUCACGGUGCUAAAGGAGAUCAAGGAUUACACCAUAUUCCCUAUUGUUUGGGUGGAUGAGACGGCUUCGCUGGAUGACGCGACGGCAAACAUGUUCAAGAAGGAGCUCCUCUCCCGUGUCGACAUGCUGGGGAUAAUACAGAAGGUGCUGAUGGGCGUAGGCGCGGGAAUCUUCCUCCUGUGUCUCAUUGGCUACUGCGUGGUGAGGAGGAGAGACAGCCAAAGCAAGCUUGCGUGAAUGAAUCACGCGGAAGUGUCUGUUGUGCACAGUGUGUUGAAGCUGCUAUGGGAAAUCAUACCUUUUGCUAUACGUAGACUUGCACUUUGUCGUGAUCUCAGUGUUAUUUAUGUCACACCUCCUUUGAUACCGAGGGAGGGGGAAUACUAUGACUGUGAAGCCCAAAAGCUGAAUUCCUUGCCACGUAUCGUUUUAAUUGCAAACACUGUAACAUUAAAUCAAUCAGGGAUUAAAGGGAGAGCAGGUGGAGAAUCCUCUUAGCUGUCAGGGUGUCAAUCUGCACAGAGGAGAAAUGAGUUAGCUUGAUAUUCUAUGAAAAAAAAGCCAUGAA